AUGGAUUCGUUUCAAUCAUGGGUGUUAAUAAUUCUAGGCUUAGAACAGGCUGACCUCGAGGAAGUGGUCAGCUAUUCGAUAGAGCCUGUGCUACCUGAUAUCAUUGAUGUUGAAGCUGUUGAAGAUGAUGUAAUUGAAUCUUCUGCUACAGAAUUUGCAGAGGCUAAAAAUAAUUCUAGGAGGAGCAGAAGGAUCGUUGUUGACAUAGAUUCAGGGUGUCCGGCUAGGUCAACUACUAAUAAUCAGAACAAACGUAGAAGACUUAAUCCGAGCCAAACAGUUAUCAAUUGUGAUCAUUACAUUAAUUUGGAAAGCACACCACAGUCUAUUGUCAAGGAAAUCAUAAAGCCGCAACCACCCCCACAGAAACCAACCUUCAACUGUCCAAUUUGCAUGGGUUCAUUCACUGAGGAGAUGUCAACAAGGUGUGGGCACAUAUUCUGCAAGGCAUGCAUUAAAACUGCAUUAGCUGUGCGGCGCAAAUGCCCAACUUGCAGAAAAAGGGUCGUCGUGAAGGAACUAAUCAGGGUCUUCCUUCCAUCAGCUAGUUAAAUAUGAGCUCUAUGCCCAACUAGUAAGGAUAAUUCAAAUUGCCCUUGAAUGGAGUUGGCAUGUCAAUGGAACAAAACUUUGAAGGGAAAUGUUACUAGUGCCUUUUGGUACAUGCCCUAACAGCAAAAAGAAGAAAAUAUCAAAAUUCAAUAAGCCUAACUAGUGCCUAUAGGCACUGCUUAAGCAAAUCCUUCUUUGAAUAUUGGAAUAUUUUACAUGUUUUGAACUCUGUUUGAGCAGAUAAUCUAUUUGAUUAGUUAUC